CGCUGAUGAGCGCAUCAAGGUUAACAACAGUUGAGAGGCUCAUCUUUAUCUGUGAUCUUGUCAACAGUAAGACUUCGGCGAAAGAAGCCGGGGGAAUUGCGGCGCUCCUUUUGCCGGACCCAGUUCUGGGAAGACCAUUUUCUUAAUCAUCUGUACAAUUUCUGUAAUGAGUGGCAGAUAUUUAAGAGACGAAAUGACAACGACAACCGAGGACAGAAGCAGCCGGGAGCGUCUGGGACUGAGCUUCACCAUCGACUACCUUCUGUUCAACAAAGGAGUCAAAGGAGUCCCAGGAACAGAGGAGCAGACUGCGAACAAUGUGGUCGCCAUACAAGAGAAGUCGCUGGAGAGGUCAGCAGAGACCGGAGAAAAGAAAGUUCUAGGACAGGAGGGGGAUGAAGAGCAACAAGAGGAGGGGGAGGAGGAGGUGACCACCACUCCCAACACCACCACAACCAUGUCUUACGGCAGCGAUUUGGACAAGUCCGAGGACAAACCCAACCAGUCUUACAUCGCGCUCAUCUCUAAGGCCAUCCUUGCGUCUGAGCAGAAGAAGCUGCUUCUGUGUGACAUCUACCAGUGGAUCAUGGAACACUUCCCUUACUUCAAGAGCAAGGAUAAAAACUGGAGGAACAGCGUCCGACACAACUUGUCCCUGAACGACUGCUUCAUCAAAGCAGGCCGCAGCGACAACGGGAAAGGCCACUUCUGGGCCAUCCACCCGUCAAACUACCAGGACUUUUCCAACGGGGACUAUCACUGCCGGAGGACCAGGCGAAGGGUCCGCAGGGUGGCCGGACAGCUCCAGCUCUCUCCUCUCAGCUCACCCUAUCACCUCUCCCUUCAACACAAAACAGCUUGCUGGUGCUGUCCACAGGUCCACACGCUCCCCGUGUCCUGCUUGGCCCCCAGACUCUACUGGCCUUGGUCACGCGCGCAAGGGCUUGUUGGCUUUCAUCCCAGCCUGCACAUCGCCGCACCUUAACGGCCAACAACUUUGGCAGUGAUUCACCAUCCAGUCAUUUUAGAUUAUUUAUUUAACUCUUCUAACUCUGCUAAUCCUGAACCAUAGCAGACAAAAGGGCAAACAUUUUGUCAACUCUAUCUCACACAGUUCAAUGCAUUCUACAAAACAACCCACUGUAACUUUAGGGCGUUUAGUCGAAUCUCCACAAAAUUUGGUUCACACCUUUAGGGGACUGACAAGCACUACUGCACAACAUUUGCGCAAGUGUGGUUGAAAAACAUGGCUUCCAUCAAGCAAACCACUAAUCACUCAUAGGUCAUUGAUCAUUUGUCUAAUGAUUUGUCUGAUGAUUAUAAAACUCAGAUGAUGUUGGUAUUACAUGUAUGCUAGCAUGUCUUCCAUGGCAUCCAAUAGGGAUCACCACAAAUGUCAUUAACAGUUUUUUUCCCCUCUUGAGGGCCACUUUGAUAUUCGCCACCUUUUGUUUAGAUAUGCGAAAACCAAUUCAAUAUACAGCUGUUCAAGCGAUACUGUAGCUGUAGUUAUAAAUUAAAAAAAACAUUUUUAGAAUAUGUUGUUGGCCAAAAAAAGAACAUUAGGCCCCGGGGCUGCAAGUAACCCCUUGGCCAGACUUUGCCCAUCCCUGGUUUGGGUGGACCAUGCACCUAAAGGGUGUAAAAUGCAUUUCACAGUACUGUGCAAAAGUCUUCGGACACUACUAGCUUUUCACAGCAGUCAUUAUACAGGAGUGUUUCACCAUUAUACAUGGAACAGUCCACCCCCCCAGAAUCAUCAGUAAUGGUGCUACACAUCUGUCCAUCAUCCUCCAUAAACCAGGAAGAAGCCUAACUAACACAAGACUAGAUAAACAAACUAAUCAUAGACUUUUGCACGGCACUAUUAACGUCAAAGACCAAAGUUAAAAUGUUGUUCUAUGAAGCUAAUUGCACUUGUCUCAUUUGUACUAAUCAUUUUUUGGUAGAACAAAGAAACUGUUUUGUCAUGAUCUCAUU